CUCAGUUUAGAAACUACGAUAUUUCAACAUGUCACACAGCCACACAACGGAGGAAUGGUCUUUUUUGUUUUUAAAUGCGAAAUGUAAUUAAGUUUAAUUUCAUUUAAUGGCCUUGUUUAAUGGGCAAUAUCUCCAAAGUUUGAGCGUGCAGGUCCAGGCGGUCUGUCUCGCCGAGCAGCUCCGCCCCGCGCUCGAGGACAGACAGCGGAGCGACGGAGACCAGUGCUGAGAGAGAGACAGCGCGCUGUGGAGGCAGGACAGCUCGUCUUUUGCAAGGAAGGACAGGAAACGUAAUUUCACACUUGUGAGAGCGACUGUCUGUGAGGAACAGCAAGUUGUGAAUGCAGAAGCGGCAUUUAAAGCGCCAACUUUGCGCGUGAUGCGGCGUGCGUGGGUUCGGCACCGCGUCUGUGAGCGCACCACGAGACCGCAACCGAGAUAACUUCCACACGGCAGUUUGACACGGAAGUGCAGGCUUCUUUUUCCUCUCUUGACUGGUGAUUAAGAAGACCGACUCGCUUCAGGUGGCUUCGGAGAGAGGAGACGCACGGACCGCGCGCAUGUGUGGAGUACCAGCAGGAUUUUAGAGCGCGCGCGUUCGCCUGAAUGGAUGGUAACUAUCCGGCCACUUUUUUACGAGUCUGAGAAAAGUUUUUGAAAGCCACUCUAAGGAGGAAUGGAUGUGAAAAGCAAGCGGUACGGUAGUUUGACACGCGGCGGUCCUCUUUCUCCGAUCGUCAUGGAAACAUCUCAAGCUGUGGAGGUCGAGAUGCUGGAUGGAUCCUCCGUGAGAAGUUCAUUCGCUCAGCUUUGACUUUACUUUUUAUUCCUUCGAAGAAGAAUGUGAUGCAUUUGAACAAGACUCACACAUGAUCGUUCUUCUUAAACGCAUCUGUUAUUAACUGAGUUUAUAUUUUCUGCCUGUUUGCGUUGACAUUAUGGACAAGAACUCUAUUGCUUAUCAGAUGGAGUUGACACUUUUCAUGGUCGUCCUCCUGUUUUGGGUCACCGUGUGCACGGAUGACAGUAAGAUCAUUUCAGACCGGUAUGCUGUGUACUGGAACAGCACGAAUCCCAGAUUCUUGCAUGGUGAAUACACAGUGGAGGUGGCCAUCAACGAUUACCUGGACAUCUACUGUCCACACUAUGAGGACCAUCUUCCUCAGGAGCGCAUGGAACGCUACAUCCUUUACAUGGUCAACUAUGAUGGCUACACCACAUGCAACCACCACAUGAAAGGCUUCAAGCGCUGGGAAUGCAACCGCCCAAUGAGUCCGAAUGGGCCCCUCAAGUUCUCAGAGAAGUUCCAGCUGUUCACACCCUUCUCUCUGGGCUUCGAGUUCCGUCCAGGCCAUGAAUACUACUACAUCUGGGGGAAUUUGCCGGUGUGCAUCUGGUCCUGUUUCACUAAUGGUCUUGUGAAAGGUGUCCUUUUGGCCUGAUAAAAAGGGCUCCCGCUGGGCACAGGCAAAAGGAAAAGGCUCAGGGCAGCAACGCAGGAUGCAUUAAUGAGGCAAUAUCUCCUCUUUUUGUUUUUCCCCCCUUAUUUUAUUCUCACUUAUGCUUUUUUUCUGUAUUUAUGUGUGUGUGUGUUUAUUCCAGCUUUAAGAAGAAAGAAGGGACUUUGAGAGCAAAGUUUUCGUGUGAUAAAAGAAUGCAGCUUUUUAUCCUAAAUGAAUGCAGCUCAUUAAGUAGAACAGCAUGAUUUUUACCGCUCGACAUGCUUGCAAUGUACGGGUUGCCUUAGAAAUGGCACUGUGCCCUCAAGAGCUCGGCAGUUCAGAGGUUUGGGGCUCAAGGGGACCCAAGCUGUAGCUCUGCUUAUGACUAUAAACCUCCCAUUGUGUGUCGGGACACCUGAUCCUAAAAGCAUAGUCCCACAAAUUGCCCUUUUGAAAGCUAAAAGCACAUUUGUCCUAAUAAUCGCUGAAGAGUCAUUUCUAAUGGUUCAUGGCCAUCUGUUCUAUAUAACAGUCAAAGAUUUAGAGGCCAGAAAUACUAAACAGAUUUUAAGGUUAGGUAUGAAAAGCUGAAGGCUUUCUGUAAAUAAAGAAGUACAGUAGUAUUACCUUUACUAUUCUAAAAACGUAUUGUUGAUAAUGGUAACUUUUAUCAACACCUCAUGAUCUUAAAGGGUUCGUUCAUCCUAAAAUGUAUAUUAAGACCUCUGUUUAUCUUCGGAACACAGUUUAAGAUAUUUUAGAUUUAGUCUGAGAGCUCUCAGUCCCUCCAUUGAAACUGUGUGUACGGUCUACUGUCUCAAAGUGUGUUCUGAAGAUGAACGGAGGUCUUACAUUUUGGAACGACAUGAGGGUGAGUCAUUAAUGACAUAAUUUUGGAUGAAUUAACCCUUUAAUGAGACAGCUCACCUAAAAAUUAAAAAGUUAUUCUAAGCCCAAGUAAGUAUCAUAAAGAAACAACUACUUUGCAAAUUGGUGGUAAAUUCGUACAAUUUAAGUUGUGCGAAAGAAUAUGAUUUUUAGAACAAAUAAAAAAAAAAAAGUUUGGGGGUGUUCUGACCCAUGCCCUACUUAUAAACCUAACUCUGACUUGGCUAUAAGCAGAUUAUACAAAAAGGUACGAAUGUGAUACAGAUUUGUUAACAGUUCACCAAAAUAUAGAAUUGUUCUGAAUUGCUGUGAUGUUUUUUUUUUUUUUUUGUACAAACCUUUCUGACAUUUUUCUUCAGUAGAACAAGAAUCUGAAAAAAACAAAAAACUUACACAAAGUUAUUGUGUGGCUUUAGAACACUUUGAAUAUAGCGCACAAGUCUUAAUUUUAUGGUACUUUUGGAUAUUUUAAAAGCUCGAGACUGUAACUUCAGUUGCACUUUCACUGAAAAGAAAAGAGCAGCUCAUUACUGAAAAAGAAAAGGUUUUGGAACAGCACGAGGAUGAGUAAACAGACAGAAUUUUCAUAUUUGAGUAAACCAUCCCUUUCAGGUUACUGUAAUUCGGAAACGUGCUGCUAGCCUGACCCAAAACAGGCACAGGGUUUCUCAAAUGGGUAUCGCUUCAAAUAUCAUGGCUGUCCAGGAACUUGAGGUGGUGGGCGUCACAGAAAUGUCGCUAAACCAGUGGGGCGUCCAAGACCUUCCUUCCAGCCAUGGGACGUUGUCAUCCCAGUUGCGAGGGGAAAACAGAGACACAGAAGCGGGUCAAUCACAGAAAAAAGAAUGGAAAGAAAGAACCCAGGGUUCAAAGUUUGCACUCGAGGCUGGGUGUUUCUUAUGCCUGUCCUGAGCUGUUUUUAAUGUAGUCCGCCCUUUCGCUUGGUGCGAGACCCGCUAUUGUGCACAUUUUGUUUCAGACAGCAGCCUGGGCUGAGAGUACUUAGUCUGUCUAUUCAUCAGACGAGGCCAUCUCCUCCUCCAGAGAACUGUUUGGCUACUAUCAAUAUUGUUGCUGUCAUGGCCCCUGGGGUUAUGAGGCAAAGGGCUCUGCCAUGGGGUUACUGGGUGGGGGUCACCGAGGCUUAGUUUGGUUAUCCCACAACAAUAGAGGAUGUCCAUCACCUUUGGGUGAACCCCGCCUCGACCCACAGGAGUGGGUGACUGAGUGAAUGGCAACUGUGACAUUCUCACAGGCCUCUGUGCUUGAAUACAGCUAAUGGGAAUUUCAAACACACACACACACACACACACACACACACAUACACGGUACAUCAGAUGUCUGAUAGCCCACAGAAAAAAAACUGUUUUAUUUAAAAAAUCGGAAAAAAAAUCUCUUUUGUUGUCACUUUUCUUCAUGCAUGCAAAAUGAUGUUCAUUUCUGUGUGUUUAUUCAGUUUGAUCAUUUUAAUUACACCUAAAUAAAUUUUAAUGAUGAAAUGUCAUUUGUAAAAUGUUAAUAAACAGCAAUCAAUUUGUAACAUCACAAAUGUCUUUACUUUCAUUUUGAUGCAUUUUUGGCUUAACCAAAUGUAAUUUCUUUGGGGCAGAUCUGAUUGUUGUUGUUUCUUUCUGACCAAUAAAAUAUGCCUGUGUGUUUAAGAAUGCAACUGGAAAAUAGUAGUUGUGCUACUCUUUAGCUUUGAUGUGUUUUUACAUACAAUUUUGUAUACUUUUUAUAUAGUAUUUUAGAAUAUUUAAUUAGUCUUUUACAACUUAAUGAUAAUGUAUACUCGCGCUAUUAAAGUGCCAUUGUGUACAUGGUAUGUCAAAGUACCUUAAAAAAAAAAAAAACUGUACAAAAACAGUAAAAUGUAACCUUUGGGGAGGGUUUUUUUUACAGCACGUGGACAACUUGUGCCAAUUUCACAUCCACACACUUGAGAACACCUGUCAGUGCAGAAUUCACCCAAAAUAAGCUUUUUGUGCAGACUGCAUCAGCUCUCCAUUAGCUGAGCUGCUGAGUGAUUUGUGGUAAUUGCUAAAUGAAUUUUUAUGUAUCUGAAAAGCAGUCAGAAAAGCAUUUCAUGGCAAAAAAAAAAAAAGAAAAAAAGAAAAAGUGAUUUGUUUUCAAUUUGCAAUCUUAAAAAAAUUGCCAAAAAUCCAUUUGUGUGCUUCAGAGGGAGAUGAGGGGAAACGAGUGCCAGAACGAAGUUACACUUUCAAUGGAGAACUGACUCAAAGUGUUUCUCUUGUGUGUGUGUGGUUGAGAACGAGAGAGACUCACAUAACAGAGUAAUGGAAAUGUGUCCAUUGCUCUCAAGGCAGCUGUUGUGUCUGGUUCAGAGAGUACAACAGCUCCUGGUUGCCAUGGUGUCAGAAGACAUGGCCUUACCUUCGAGACUGAAUCUCACGUGCGUUUACUGUCAGAAGCACCACAUGGCCUUUGUCUUGACUUUUUCUAUCUUGCAGUGCUAUUAAACUGACCCCAAACCUUUAUUAAUCAAAGACUGUUAGUCAAUAGUUUUAUGUUGCACUCACAUCAUUUGCAGUUUAUGAUGAGUAGAUAAUUUUUUUAAUAAUUGAAGUAGACACCUUUGUGUAUUGUAUGAUUUUAAUAACUAUUUAUCAGUAAUUAAAGAGUUUAUAACA